AUGAGUUUGUUAAAAGAAAAAAUUCGUUUAUUAAAUGAAGAAUUAAGGAAUUCAUUAUCACCAUUACAAUUAAUUACAAUUACUACCCUAGUCACAACAUUUAGUAUAAGCAUUUAUCGGUUUUUAUUUGUUAAUGAUGAAGACAUUUCUAAACGUAUUCAAGAAACAAUAUUUCGUUUGGUUCGUCGAUUACCUUCUGUACAACGUCAAAUAGCUAAAGCACGUGACGAAACAUUAACAUCAAUUUGUAAUGAUAUAGCAAAGAGUGUUGCAGGUCAUACGUUUUCUUUAGCUUUACCAGAAAAAGGACUUUCAAAGGAUGAACUUAUGCAUAAACUUGAAAGAUAUCAUAGUUUUGAAAAAACUGAUGUUAAAUCAGGACAAGUAUCUGGAUGUGUUUAUAAAUUACCAAAAUCAGAUAUGACUGCUGUCUAUCAUCAAAUUUUUAAUUUAUUUGGGGAUUCAAAUCCUCUUCAUGUCGAUGUUUUUCCUGAUAUUCGAACAAUGGAAGCUGAAGUUGUUCGUUGUGUAGCAACAAUGUUUCAUGGUGAUGAAAACGUUUGUGGAACGAUGACAUCCGGUGGUACAGAAUCAUUAUUAAUGGCAUGUAAAACUUAUCGUGAUUUCGCUCUUUCAAAGGGCAUUACUAAACCUGAAAUGUAA